AAAGGUUCCAGCUAGCUAGAAACAGGGAUGUAAAAUUUUCUAGUGCGUCGGUUGUUUUCGCAUUUUUUUUUAUUAAAUUCAUCGCGAGGACGGACCUAUUUAUUAUAUUUUGUUCUCGCAUGUUACUUUGCAUGAAUAAACAUGGCGACGUGCAUUCCCUUUCAAACCCAGUUAUCCUCUAUAAUGGAGGUUUUGGUUAAAGCAGCAGUGGCAGAGAUAUCCAAACUAGUCGAUGACAAAUGUGCGUUUUUGCAUCUUGAAAUCUCUCGAAAGCAAAGCGAGAAUGAGAUGUUGAAGAGGAAAUUAGUGAUGAUGGAGAAUAAAAAUGCACAGCUACAGCGGGGGUUCGAAAACUACAUGGACCGAGGGACUGAUGUGGGGAACUGUCCGCACCCCACAGGAGAUAUUAAGUUUCCUGAUAUUGACGACGCCACUGUUUCUUUCACAAUUAAAGAAGAAAGUCCAGAUGAGGCGCUGUGGAUCAGUGAUUCUGCUGGACCGAUUGGUUCUGCUGUACAAUACCGCAAUCCAGCCAACACUGCAGAGAGCCAGCAGCUUGGAGAGGACCGUCGGUUAAACCACCCAGAGGUCACUGCGCCGAAAACAUCAGAGUUUGGUGAGUUGUAUGACUCUGGUCAGCAUGCAGGAGACAUCAGUGGGCUUCAGUUUACUGUCAAGACCGAGAAGGAGGAGAAUCGAUCAGGGUUCAGUCAGGAUAGAUGCCAGCACGGCGCAGGGAAGCACACUCAACAUGCAGCUGACUUUUCCAUGGACGAAAGAGAGGAUCAGCUCUGGUCAUCCAUAAUUGAAGGUGAUGAUAUCGAUGCUGGUUUUCCUGAUUUUUCGAGUGUGGUGGAGGAAUACUCCAACACAUUUCCGGACGAUUCUGAUGUUCAUGUGGUUUCUAACACUACCAAGUCUGCUAACGUCCAGCAGCUGUCCUCUCAGAGGCCGUGUAAUGGGAUUUACAACAGUGAGUAUCAGAAGGAUGUUCCACAGUCAUCCAGUUUUCAACCCAGACCUCAGGGUAACCUAUCACAGCAAGACAGGCAGAAGGAACAAGUUUACUCGCAGAGAAACCCCUUGCAUGUUGCACAUCUGAGGCAGCCAGAUGAACACCCCGAGAGGGAGACUGCAGCUGGAGAUAGAGCAGUCGUAAGUCACUCGCACAACACUUUCACAACAAGCAGCUUCCACCCUCACAAACCUCUCUCUGGCACAGCGCGGGGCUACGCUUGCUCACACUGUGGGAAGACGUUCGGCCGUUUGCACCAGUUCAAGCUGCACCAGCAAAGUCAUAAGAGAAAGCGGGCGUUCUGGUGCACGGUGUGCGGGAAGAGCUUCCAGUGUUCAUCCCACCUCAGCAUACACCACCGAACACACACAGGCGAGAAGCCGUACGGUUGCGGACAGUGCGGGAAGAGGUUCACGCAGCAGAGCAGUCUGAGGGUCCACCAGCGCACACACAGCGGGGAACGACCCUACAGUUGCUCGCUGUGCGGGAAAACUUUCAUCCUGAUGCACCAUCUGAAACGGCACAGAAUCAUUCACACAUACAGCUGAGGGGGAGAUGUUUCAAGUGAAGCUGCUCAGGUGAAAAGACAAAAAUGACCCAAACCAAAAAGCCAGGGAGCUUUUCGGGGACUUGUGACUUUGUGGCAUUGCUCACAGACUUUGUAUAUUAAAGCAUAUUCUACUAUGCAAAAUCCAUCUGGAUGGAUUUUAAGAUGUUUGCUUCUUUUUUAAAUACUUCUAAUUAUUAAAACAAAACUGAAUUGCACCCUCAAACAGAAUUCACACAAGUCAGUAUUUUUAAGACACCUCCAAAGCUAGAAAUCCAAAAAAACAAGGUCUAAAAUGUGAAGUUGUUAAAAGAAAAACCCUGCGGAUUCCCUCUUACAGUUACCUGCAUACUGAUCUUCACUCAUAGACAGUUUGUUUUAGCUCUUCGUGUAGAAAUAUGCCUUACUUCAUCUCAGCACUGAAACCGUAGAAGCACAAGAUGCUCAUUAUCCCCAUUAAGUCUCUCCUUUACAGUCACAAGAGGGCUCUCCAUUCAGAGACAGAGAAGCACCUCAGGUUUAUGUUUCAGUGUCAACAUUGGUGAAAACCUGCCUGACUAUUGUUCUGAGUUGAAUUUGUCCAUAAAACAUAUCCCCAAAAA